AAGCUCAGCUCGAGUCUUUCCGACUACGAUCGGCUGAAACAGUCAGUCAGUGACUCUGCGAGAGACUAUUACUACUACUAGUGCGGAAGUUGAAUUUUCACAAUUCGGUCAAUAUACGAUCCAAUUACAAUCUUCCGGCUCAAUGCAACAGUUUAAUAGCUAAAAUAUGAAGUGGAUAAUACUAAUAUGUGCCUUGCUCUGCAUUGGUCUCGUCCAAUCACAACGGGAAAAACAGUACGGACAAAAAACUACCGCAACAGCAGCCGGUUCCCAAACGGAUGACUUUAUCGACGAGCGCAAUUGCGUUAAUUCAUCCAAUGCCGGUGCCAAGACGGAUCCGUGGCAAUGCUUGUGCGGUCAGUUGAACUACGAUCGUGCCGAAUGUGAACAAAACGUCAGGAUAUUUUUGAAAAAUAAUCCUAGCCUAAAAUUGUGCAUGGACCAGCAACAUCAUUACUUCGCGACUAACCAGAGGUGUCAUUAUGAAGCUCGCUGGGAUAGUUCCAGUGAUCCUGCUGGGAAAGCCAUGCAAUUUGCGUUGGAUAUCUUCCGUGUGGCGGAUCCUGCGGAUUCGAGAAAGAAUUUUAUAAUCAGUCCAAUCUCACCGCAAAUUCUACUCGCUCAGCUAACCGAGGGUUGUUCCGAGCCGGCAAGAAUUGAAAUGAUCAAAACGUUGCGACUGAAUAGUGGAGAAAUCCAGUCACUAACAGAAGCCCUCAUCCAGGCAGCUAACACCGAAAACAAAUUGGAUAUAGCAUCCAUGUUUUUUAAAUCGGUUGAUAUAGAUCUAACCGAGAAGUUCAACGUGGCUCGCAAGGAGAAUAGGAUAAAAAUAGAAGACUUAGAUUUUUCCAACGCGCACCAAGCAGCACAUGAUGUCAAUGAUUGGGUCAAUCGAAUGACUAGAGGAAAUAUACAGCAAGCUGUUUCUGAAGCAAACCUGGCUCCGGAUACCGCAAUGCUGUUGCUGAAUGUUAUCUUCUUCAAAGGAACCUGGUUGUACAAAUUCAACCAAUCCGACUCAGACAAGCGGGGGAUGUUCUACACGAGCAAAUCGGAACUGAAGCCUGCGAUAAUGAUGUCUCAAACAAAUCGACUUCGUUUCGGUGAUAUCAGUUUUGGUCAAUAUUCGGAUCCAGACUGGGGUUUUCGCUGGGUCGAAUUGCCAUACCAGGGGGACAAGCUAGCGAUGAUACUACUGCUCCCGAAGACUCGCUUUCAGUUAGAUGAAACAUUAAAACAACUGAACAGCACCCAUCUGCAGGACAUUUUUCGGGUCAUCCGCCGUGAUUACAAUCCCACAAAGAUUAAUCUAAAAGUUCCAAAAUUCCGUAUAAAGGAGUCAAUUUCGUUGAUGGAACCGCUGCGUGAGCUCGGUGUCAAACGGAUAUUUGAAGAUGACAGUGCUUUAUCCGAGCUAUCCAGCACCCCAACCAAAGUAUCUAACGUGAUGCAAGAAGCAUUCCUCAGUGUUGAUGAACAAGGAACUAUAGCAACUGCCGUAACCAAAAUUACCAUCAUUCCGCUCAGUUUGAAUGCCUACGAAGACAUCGACUUCGUGUGUGAUGAACCGUUUAUGGUAAUGAUUGUUGAUAAGGUUAAAGAGAUUCCACUCCUAAUGGCCAAGGUAAGACAGCCUCUCAAGCCUCCGAAGACAGUCAAUUGAACUACAAUACUCAUUUGUAACUUGAUUUCGUUAAAUAAACAUAGUGAUUACUGAUUUU